AGGUGCUCGCCUGGGAACUGAGAGAAGCAUGAAUCAGAAGCUACUGAAGUUGGAAAACCUGCUACGAUUUCACACUAUUUGUAGACAGUUGCACAGCUUGAGUCAAAGAAGAUUGUUAGCGUGGUGGAAGCAUGGGUUUUCACCGGCUUAUCCACUGUGGCCAGAGCAGCUAUGUGCCUGGCCCUGGCAGACAGACAUGCUUGUUGGUGCCGCGUUAUGUCAGCACAGACUUUUUGUGACAAAGAAGGAAAAAAGACCAUUGAGAUCUCAGUUAUCUCCACUAAAACCUAAAAGGGAUGUAGAAGUAUGGGUUGGAAUGACUGUCGAAGAACUAGCCAGAGCCAUGGCAAAAGACAUAGAUUAUAUAUAUGAAGCUCUGUUGAACACUGCCAUUGACAUAGACUCACUAGAAGUAAACUCACAUUUAGAUGAAGUCUGGAUCAAAGAAGUAAUAAAGAAGGCAGGAAUGAAGCUGAGAUGGAGCAAAUUAAAACAGGAGAAAGUAAGAGAAAACAAAGAUGCUGUAAGAAGGCCCCAGGCAGACCCAGCUUUAUUAACGCCAAGAUUCCCAGUUGUUACUAUAAUGGGUCAUGUUGAUCAUGGGAAAACGACAUUACUUGAUAAACUUCGAAAGACUCAAGUGGCGGCAAUGGAAGUUGGAGGCAUCACUCAGCACAUUGGUGCCUUUCUUGUCUCUCUGCCUUCUGGAGAAAAGAUAACCUUUCUUGAUACUCCUGGACAUGCUGCCUUCUCAGCAAUGAGAGCCAGAGGAGCUCAGGUCACUGACAUUGUUGUGUUGGUUGUAGCUGCAGAUGACGGGGUGAUGAAGCAAACUGUAGAGUCUAUUCAGCAUGCACAAGAGGCACAAGUUCCUAUUGUUCUUGCAAUAAAUAAAUGCGACAAAACAGAUGCUGAUCCUGAAAAAGUGAAGAAAGAGCUUCUGGCUUAUGAUGUGGUAUGUGAAGAUUAUGGUGGCGAUGUUCAAGCCGUGCAUGUCUCUGCACUUACGGGAGAUAAUCUGACUGCUUUGGCAGAAGCAACAAUUGCUCUCUCAGAAAUGUUGGAACUGAAAGCAGAUCCCACAGGUCCAGUGGAAGGAACAGUAAUAGAGUCUUUCACCGACAAAGGAAGAGGUCCUGUUACAACAGCUAUAAUUCAAAGAGGAACUCUAAGAAAAGGCUCAAUUCUAGUUGCUGGGAAGUGUUGGGCAAAAGUUCGACUAAUGUUUGAUGAAAAUGGAAAAACUCUUAAUGAGGCCUAUCCCAGCAUGCCAGUGGGAAUCAUAGGCUGGAGAGACCUCCCUUCUGCCGGAGAUGAAAUUCUUGAAGUAGAAUCUGAGCCAAGGGCCCGAGAAGUUGUUGACUGGAGGAAGACUGAGCAGAAAGAGGAAAAGGGCAAGGAUGACCUGAAAAUAAUGGAGGAGCAGAGAAAGAAACACCAGGAAGCACACCGGCAAGCCCGAGAGAAGUACGGCAGUGUGCACUGGAGGAGGAGGUCCUACAUAAAGUACCUGGAAAGAAAAGAGCAAAGGCCCUUAAAGCCCAAAGAAAAGGCAGGCAAGGACUCAAAUGUGCUUCCGAUCAUUAUUAAAGGUGACGUUGAUGGGUCUGUGGAGGCCAUCUUAAACCUUCUGGAUACCUAUGAUGCUUCCCAUGAAUGUGAACUAGAAUUAGUACAUUUUGGACUAGGUGACAUUAGUGAAAAUGAUGUCAACUUUGCUGAGACGUUUAAUGGUGUUAUUUAUGGCUUUAAUGUGGACGCAGGCAAGGCUAUCCAGCAAACAGCUGCACAAAAGGGAGUUAAGAUUAAACUUCACAAAAUCAUCUACCAUCUUAUUGAAGAUUUGCAGGAGGAACUAAGCAGCAGAUUGCCCCACAGACUGGAGGAAUAUCCAAUAGGUGAGGCUUGCAUACUAGCUACCUUCUCUGUAACAGAAGGAAAGAGAAAAGUUCCUGUGGCUGGCUGCAGAGUUCAAAAGGGACAGUUAGAAAAACAGAAGAAGUUUAAAUUAAUCCGAAAUGGACAAGUUAUUUGGAAGGGCUCAUUGACCUCACUGAAACACCAUAAAGAUGAUGUUUUGGUCAUCAAAACUGGAAUGGACUGUGGUCUUAUUUUAGAUGAAGAAAAAGUAGAAUUUAAAGUGGGAGAUGAAGUUGUUUGUUAUGAGGAAAAUGAAAUACCAGCUAAGACUUCUUGGGAUCCAGGAUUUUAAAAAUACAAUUAAAAAUGAUAAAUGUAUUGUUUGCUUUAUUUAAAAACAGGGCAGUAGCAACCUCCUGCCCAGCCUCAAAAUUACUAAGAUUAAGCACCAUGCCUAGCUUCUUUUUCUUAUAUAGCAAAUAUCUGCCUUAUUGGAGAUAAAAGUUACCAAUGAGGCCAGGUAGCAAUGAUACAAACCUUUAGUCCCAGCACUUAGAAGGCAGAGGCAAGUGGAUCUGAGUUUGAGACCACCCUGGUCUAUGAGAGCUAGUUCCAGGACAGCCUCCAAAGCCACAGAGAAACCCUGUCUCGAAAAACCAAAAAAUUAUGUAUAUGGGAGUGCUGUCAUGCAUGUAUGCCUGCACGACAGAAGAGGGCAUUGGAUCUCACUAUAGAUGGUUGUGAACCACCAUGUGCUUGCUGGGAAUUGGAACUCAGGACCCCAAAGAGCAGCCAGUGCUACCUCUCCAGAUGAAUUCAUCUUUUGGUGGUGGCCUCUAGUUCCAUGAACAGAAACUAACCAUUCUUUGAGGCACAGGACAUUACCCAACUCCUUAAAGAAUUCUGACUCAUGUCUAUAGCAAGUCAGGAAAACUGGCUUAGAUUCAGAAUGCAAGCAAAUUCUUCAACAUGCAGCUGGCACCUCUCAGGCAGGAACCCCAAAAGGACUAGUCACACAGCCCAAGAAAUAUUCUCUAGAUAUACAAUAAAACUCAACACUAAA